AUGAGUUCCAUCGACAUUUACACCAUUCCUCGUGACCAAGUCGACGUCGACGCCCUCGCCAGACAAUUCGUCAAAUACCUCCAGAUCAACGCAAUCGACGUUCAGGAACUCUCCGAACAUCCCCAACGCCGUGACGCAAUCAUCGCAGAGCUCUACGCCCGCCCGGAUACCAAGCCCACCUUCUGGCCCAAGGAUACUGUCGGUGCAGAUCUCCCCCCAGAAAAGUACGAUGAAUACCUCGCGCAGGUGGACGCUGCGAUUGAGCAGCUCACGCCCCCGAACUCGCUCGAGGAUCGAGUCCUGCGAAGUCACCUAGCAAGUGCAGCGGUCAUGGUCGUCUACCAGUACAAGUGGGCGUAUCCACUCAGGGCCCACCCCGACCUUCGGAACCAGGUCUUCAAACGAUACAGUGCUAUCUUUAAUGACUGGAUGAACAAUGAGUUCCGUGUUCUCUAUCCCAAGAAAACCAACGGGAUGGUACACAACCCGGCAACACACACCCCCGGGCCAACCGCUCUAAACCCGCUCAGCCCCCCGCCGACGCGCCACUCUGGCAAACCGAAGGCGGUCACUGAUAGCGAGGUUGAGGAGUAUCUGAAGAACCCCCAAACGCUGCUGGGCAAGCAGUUCUUGCAUGCGCCUCCUGUCGGAGUGGAGCAGGACUACAAGGGCUUGUGGGAGGCGGACUCGUACAGUGUGCAGAUGCUGGACGGGCGCAUCGACCACGAGUUCCGCAUCCGUCUCGAAGCGUUCGGCGCGGAUCUUCUGCCUAUGAGUAAAGACGACAUGGAGUUCCUGUUGAAGCAUUCGACGUCGGUGGUGUGA